AUGCGCUCUGCAGUCACCAGAGUCUUGUGGCUCUAUGGAUUCCUUUUGGCGACUACCAUUUCUGGAGUCUGCGGAGAUACAGAACCGAAUUUCAUGAGCGUGCGAAAGAAUGUAACAAAGGAGUAUAAGAGUGAACGUGCGAUACCGAAAGAGAAGUACUUUCAUGAAUCAGAAUUCAAUCAUCAUUAUGACGGCCGAUACGCCAAUGCCAGUCUCCCAGAUACAAAAGUCAUCCCAUAUCUCUCGGAUCUAAUCCAAACAUAUUUCACAACAAUGAACGCAAUCGGUGCAGAGACAUGGAUCAUGCAUGGGACUCUCUUGGCCUGGUGGUGGAACCAGAAGGUCUUUCCAUGGGACGACGAUCUAGAUGUGCAGAUCUCGGAGGCGACGAUCCAUUUCUUGGCGGAUUACUAUAACAUGACAGAGCAUCAUUUCGAUCUUCCUAACGUCGACGGCGGCCGUACAUACAUGCUCGAGGUCAAUCCUCAUUAUGUCGUCAAAUCUGAGAGGGACACUUUGAAUAAGAUUGAUGCCCGGUGGAUUGAUAUGUCGUCCGGUCUUUUCAUCGAUAUCACUGCUGUCCGCAAGGAUGAGGCUAAGCGGCUGAAUGGCCAUCCGGAAGCGCUAAUGUGCAAGGAUAAACAUCACUAUGAAGAGAGUGACAUCUUCCCGCUGCGCGACAGUCUCUUCGAGGGUGUUCCGGUCAAAAUUCCAUACGCUUAUACAUAUCUCCUCGAAGAAGAGUAUGGCCCAAAGGCACUCACGCGAACGAGCUUUUAUGGUCACAUCUUCAAUGAACAGACCAAGAUUUGGGAGUCUGCGGUGCGUAAAUUCAAGCGCUCGCUUCGACGAGGCUCACGCGGUAACAACUUACCAUAA